GAAAUAAGGAUCCACAUCACAAGACAUCAUGGCAUGUAGAAUCAUUAUAAAUAAUAUUCUUAACUAAUCACAGGUGUCAGAGUCUUGGUAAAGUAAAUGAAGUUGUAGCUUUGUAGUUGAACUGAUCCAGUUUCAUGUACUGACCCCAAGAGUUACCGCAGAGAAAUCUCUGAUCAUUUUGUUUAACACUGGUUCUCAAUAAACAAUGAUCUGUGGAGAACCUGAAGAACAGUGAGGGGACUUUAGAACAAUGGCUGCCACUGCAUUUACCUUAACAACCCUCUAAAAUGUGAACUUCAAUAAAUAAAUCAUGUGUCACCGACUGUGACUACAAUGCCACAGUUAUUCAGUACAGUAAACAAUUUUUCUUGUUUUUCCUGAAUAUUUCCAGGCAGAUGUCAAAACAAAGUGUAGUCUCAGGUGUUUGGCUCCCACAUCCAACAAUUGAGCAUAGAACUCUUCAGGGCCGUGUGCCAUCUGGUGGCCAGAGCACAGCACGGACGGGCAGAGGAUGGACUGAAUAUGUUAGGACACAAAGUUAAAUACAAGAAAACAGUCUGAACGUGGCAAAGACACUGACACUCGGCAGAGAAGAAGAGUGAAGGCUGUCGCCUUCUUGUUGUGGAGGGCUGAGCUCGACACUGGAACAAACACCACCAACAAGAAAUAAACCGGGACUUUGACAGCUGGACAGGUCCAUCUUAAACCGAUGUUCAGGAUCAGGGGCAUUGUCGCAUCUGGUGGAAAGUGUUCAGCUUUUCUCCCUGUUUGGAAACAACUGACCAGGCUACAAAGCAGGAUGUCCACUGUGUCCCACCCAGUGGCUGCAGUGUGUCAGGUGACGGCCACCCCUGACAAGCAGGCCAACUUCUCCACCUGUAAGCGGCUGGUGGAGGACGCCAGGGAGCGAGGGGCCUGCAUGGUCUUUCUGCCAGAGGGGUUUGACUACAUUGGAUCGAGCCGAGAGGAGACGUUGACACUGGCUGAGAGUCUAGAAGGAGACACAGUGUCACAAUACACUCGGCUAGCCAGGAAGCUAAAGGUGUGGCUGUCACUUGGAGGCUUUCAUGAACAAGGACACAACUGGGAGACAGACAGGAGAAUAUACAACAGUCACAUCAUUAUUAAUGAUAAAGGUGAGGUUGUUUCAGUCUACAGGAAGUCCCAUUUGUUUGAUGUGGAAAUUCCAGAAAGAGGUGUAUUCCUUAAAGAAAGUGCCUUUACCAUUCCUGGACCAUCUCUUGUGUCCCCAGUCCAAACUCCCAUUGGCAAGGUGGGUUUGGGCAUCUGCUAUGAUCUCAGAUUCCCUGAGUUGUCACUGGCUCUUCAGACGCAUGGGGCUGAGAUCCUCACAUACCCCUCAGCCUUCACUGUACCUACAGGAGCUGCUCACUGGGAGGUGCUGCUUCGUGCACGGGCAGUGGAGACUCAGUGCUUCGUCCUGGCGGCAGCACAGGUCGGCCGGCACCACGAGAAGCGCUCGUCGUACGGCCACGCGUUGGCCGUGGACCCCUGGGGUGUUGUGCUGGGGGACUGUGGGGGGGAGGAGCCAGGCAUAGUGCUGGUGGAGAUCGACCAGGAGAAAGUCAGCAGCACCAGGAAAAACAUGCCAGUCCAACAGCACCGCAGAGACACUGGCUUCUACCACACUCUGGGAAAAACAUGAUUCAGUCAAAUUGAGUCACGGAGAGACAGGAUGGUAGGACUAAAAUCUGAACACAGGCAACAAACUGAACCUGAUGCUUUGUGUGAGAGACAAGUCAAUGAUGUACUGAGUUUGUGAAAUGUAAUACUGUUUUUCUCAGGUUUCCAUCAUUAAGCAUUGACAGCAUGAACAUGAUUUGAAUAAGGGUGGAAGGAGUAAAUUAAUGAAGCUUGAAAUUAAUAAAAAUGAGAGAUGUAUUUUUUUAUAAUCUGAAACACUGGAUAGUUUUACUAUCUAUUAGUUUGGAAAGUUAAUUCAUCUGGUAAUUGAAUUCAGGCAAGUUGGACCAGUUGACCAGCAUUUGAGUUUAAAUGAGUUUAUAAAUGACAGUACUUAUACUGAUCAAUAGAUGGCACUGUUGGGUGGUGGGAAAUGGAUUAAUGCAAAAUGCAGUUCUGGGAAACAUUCCUGUCCUGAUAUCUGAUAUUACUGUGUAAUUUCAUAUUUGCAAUAUAAAAUAAAAAAUUUAAAAUGUUAUAA